AUGGGGCCCAAGAUCUCCUGGCCCAAGCGGUCCGGGCUCAUACAUCCACGGACCAAAGCAGUUGGAUUGGCGAAGUCAUCGUCAGCUACACCCCACCAUGCGAUCCCGCUCCAUGCCUCCCCAUCGCCUCCUAAAAAGGCCCCUCUCUCGGUGAUGCCGACGAAGACGUUUCUUCGCUGUUUGCUGUUUACGUCGGUGAUGUCAUCGCCGCUCCUGAGGCCUUGCGUGUCGAUCCUGAAAUACGUGGUCGAGUCUAAAUCGUUCCUGCUCAGUCCUUCAAAAAACCCGGUGAUGAAUUACCUUCUCCGCACGACUAUCUACAAUCAGUUCUGUGCGGGGUCGAACGAGAAGGGGGUGCGCCGGACGGUUCAGGAUAUGAAGAGUCUAGGUUUCAAGGGUGUUAUUCUAGGAUAUGCUCGGGAGUCUGUUGCGAGGAUGGAGGGUGCGGAUUCCCAAUGGCAUACGGUGAGCCAGAAAGUGCUGGAAGACAGCGCCGUUGAAGAAUGGAAGCAAGGGAACCUGCGGACCCUGAAGAUGAUUGGCGAGGGGGACUAUCUUGCCGUCAAAUUCACCGGUGCCGGUCCCGCGGCUGUCGAGGCUCUCGCGCGUGGCGACCCUGUUCCUCCUCCGCAGAUCAAGCAGGCCAUCACGGAGCUUUGCGCGGCGACUGCGGCACAGAACUCUCGUGUGUGGAUCGACGCCGAGCAGCAGGUCUUUCAGCCGGCAAUCGAUGCCUGGACCAUCGAUCUCAUGCGGCAGUUCAACCGGCAGGGAGCCAUCGUGGUGUUCAACACCAUCCAGGCGUACCUGAAAUCCUCCACCGAAAACGUCUACCAUCACCUGUGUCUUGCCGGAAAGGAAGGCUGGGGGUUGGGAAUCAAACUGGUCCGCGGCGCAUACAUUGCCCAUGACAUUCGAUCGCGCAUCCACGACACCAAAGCCGACACCGACCGCAACUACAACCACAUUGUGGAAAGUCUGCUUACUCGGAAAUUCCCACUGCGCGAGUCGGAGAGUACACCUGUGUUCCCUGACGUGCGAUUGUUCGUGGCCACGCACAAUGGGGAAAGCGUGCGGAAGGCAUCUUCCCUGCUCCAGCACCGCGUCGUGAACGGGUUGCCCACGAUCCCGGUGGAGGUGGGCCAAUUGCAGGGCAUGGCAGAUGAGGUGAGCUGCGGGUUGGUGGCACAACACCAGGCCGGAGAUUAUCUACCAGCAGAAGGCAAGUCAGUGGGUGCCAGCGCAGUCCCGGGCGUGUUUAAAUGUCUGGCUUGGGGGACCACCGAGGAAUGUCUCCAUUUCCUGUUGCGCAGGGCCGUUGAGAACCAGUCGGCCAUGGAGCGCACGAGGGAUACAGCAGCGGCGUUGAGGGAGGAAGCGAAGAGACGGAUUGGGUUGUGA